AGGUUGAUGUGGAGGCGGAGGGCUGCUGUCCUCCGCGCUGCUGCUGCUGCUGCUGAUGGGAGGACUGAUGAUGCUCUCCGGCUCGUGCACAGCCGCUACUGCGCAUGUUGCAUGACAGGUACCACGCAAGCCUCCAUCUUGGGCAUCCCGAGCUGAGGCGAAAGGGCAGCAGCAGCCAUAUACACACACCAAAAUAACAACAAAGCGGGCGCGGUGAUUUGAAAAAAGAAAAAAAAAAAGAAAAAUUGGCAAUUUGCCGAGAUGUAACUUUUCAACAAAUUCAACAAAUUGCUUCAGUGGAGAGAGCGGAGGCAAGAAUGGGAAAGAAAGACAGCGACUGGUCUGCAAGGCUGUGUUAACGAUUACUUGCUCUGUCAGCUUCACUGUUUCCUGAGGAAUUGACAGGUGACAAAGCCUAAAGGCUCAACCCACAGCAGAAUGGGCAUUAAGAAGCUCGCCAUCUUUCUCCUCAUCCUCUCUCUUUGUCUAGAGGGAGCAUCUGCCAAAGAAAAAGGGACAAAAAAGGGAAAGAAGAAAGGGAAGCAGGUUUACUGUCCAUCACAGCUGUCAUCUGAGGAUCUGGCCCGAGUCCCUGCAAAUUCAACCAGUAACAUCUUGAACAGGUUACUGAUCACCUAUGAUCCCAGAAUAAGGCCCAACUUCAAAGGAAUUCCUGUGGAAGACCGAGUGAACAUCUUCAUCAACAGUUUUGGCUCCAUCCAAGAAACGACCAUGGAUUACAGAGUGAACAUCUUCCUGCGGCAGCGCUGGAACGACCCCCGGCUGAAGCUACCGCAGGACUUCAAGUCUGAUUCUCUCACCGUCGAUCCCAAAAUGUUCAAAUGUCUCUGGAAACCCGACCUGUUCUUCGCCAACGAGAAGAGCGCAAACUUCCACGAUGUUACCCAGGAGAACAUUCUCCUCUUCAUUUUCCGUAACGGGGACGUCCUCAUCAGUAUGAGGUUGUCUGUCACCCUCUCCUGUCCGCUGGAUCUCACUUUGUUCCCGAUGGACACACAGAGGUGUAAAAUGCAACUUGAAAGCUUUGGCUACACCACAGACGACCUGCAGUUUAUGUGGCAGACAGGAGACCCAGUGCAAAUGGACGCCAUCGCUCUGCCACAGUUUGACAUCAGACAAGAAGAUAUUGAUUAUGGGAACUGCACCAAAUUCUACACAGGAACAGGGUACUACACAUGUGUGGAGGUUAUCUUCACCCUGAGGCGACAGGUCGGUUUCUACAUGAUGGGUGUUUACGCCCCCACGCUGCUCAUCGUAGUCCUCUCCUGGCUGUCCUUCUGGAUCAACCCUGAUGCGAGCGCCGCCAGGGUGCCUUUGGGCAUCCUCUCGGUGCUCUCUCUGUCCUCCGAGUGCACCUCCCUAGCCUCGGAGCUGCCCAAAGUGUCCUAUGUCAAGGCCAUCGACAUCUGGCUCAUCGCUUGCCUGCUGUUUGGUUUCGCCUCGCUGGUGGAGUACGCCGUGGUUCAAGUGAUGCUCAACAGCCCAAAGCGCAUCGAGGCCGAGAAGGCCAAGAUAGCGUCGAAGGAGAAAGCUGCAGGGAAGAGUCCUGCCGCCAAGAACAACACGGUCAACGGGACCGGAGGGACGCCGCUUCAUGUCAGCACCUUGCACGUGGCAGAGACUCGCUGUAAGAAAGUGUGCACCUCUAAAUCAGACCUGCGGACCAACGACUUCAGCAUUGUGGGCUCGCUGCCGCGGGACUUUGAGCUGUCAAACUUUGACUGCUACGGGAAGCCCAUCGAUAUCGGCAGCGCUCACGGCAAAUCGCAGGCCAAGAACAACAAGAAACCUCCUCCCCCGAAACCGGUCAUCCCGUCUGCUGCCAAAAGAGUCGACCUGUAUGCCCGAGCCCUCUUCCCUUUCUCCUUCCUCUUCUUCAAUGUGGUUUACUGGUCCGUAUACUUGUGAUUAUUUCGAAAUUAUCUUAUCGUUAACCCCUGACUUCAAUCCCAUGAGUUCUUAACCGAUUCAAAAAAUUAAAAUUCCAAAAUGAGCUUUGAGUGCGUUUACCUGCACGCCGGUAUCCUGGUUUGAAUCCAGUUUUUGAUCAUAUUCACAAUAUGACUUUUACACAGAACAUAGAAAAGCUGGUUAUUCAUAUCUCUGUACACAUGAUCAUAACAGAAUCCAGGUUUAUGAUCAUCUGCCUGCAGGUGCGUCUCUAUGUUCUGUAUGAACACAUGUUCAGAAAUCAGAAUCAGGUGUUUACAUGCCAAAUGUAUCCUGGUUUUUAUCUCUCCCGCUACCAGAUCCAGGUUUCUUAAACCUGGAAAUAAUGUUUACACGAGAAACGGCCAAACUGAUGAGGAUGCUCACGAGUGCGCAUGUAAAUGCAUUCAUACUAAAU